AUGUCGGGACAGAAUCGGGUGAAGAUUAGUGCACUCUGCACUUAUUUGGAGGCAGAGCCUCCUGUUGAGGCCAACACUCAGCAGGACGUUGUUGAUCGUCAUGAUCGUUUAUACCUGCUUAUUAUAUUCAGGGGCAUCUUGUUCCCGAAUUCAUCGAGUGUCUUUGUCAGUUUACGAUAUUUGGUUUUCUUGGAGCAUCUGGACCGCUUGGGAGACUACAGUUGGGGCGGUGCUGUUUUGGCAUACCUUUACAGAUACCUAUGCCGAGCGUCUAUUGGUGCUGUUAGCGAUGUGUGUGGAUUUUUUGCUCUUCUCCAGCUAUUUAUAUGGACGCCGUACGCUGUUAUAUUGGAUGGGUUGCCGGCCUUUUGCAGGCCAGGUCAGGGGGUGUGGAGGUCGCGGUGUCCAUUGAUACACCUGGACAUCGUUGAGGACCAUAUGCCCGAGCACGUCUUACGACAGUUUGGGCAUACACAGAGUAUACCCCCUGAUGUUCGUCAUGAGUUUCGACACUACCAGCGGGACGAUAGGGCCGCCGUUGAUGAUGCAUUUCGGGCUUUCAUGGGUGUCCAACUCCACCGUUGGCAGCACAGGUUGGCACUUUUAGCGGUGGUCGGCCAUUUGACUCCCAUUCAGGAUUACAUGCGUUGGUAUCAUCGAAUCACACGCCGAUUGAUCGACAACCCAGCUUUGCGUUCCGCAAGGGAUGUAGGAUACUCAACACUCGUGGGCGACGAGGCAUUAGCUACUGGUGGCCGUACAAUGAUUACGCAUAUUGGGGUUAGAGCAUAUGUCUUACCCCGGGCUUGUGGGGCUUGCAACGGAGAUGGUACGGAUAUCUGA